AUGUGUUUUCAGGCCGUCAGAAUCUACGUGCGGCACUGCAGUGAUUGGCACAGCGUCAAAGGCUACUCCGACUUUUCGACGACCAUCUACCCACACACUCGCGAAUAUAUUUGGCUACCGUUGAGAAAGAUGAACAAAAUCGGGGCGAUGUUCAUCAUCGGCGGUCUCGUCUUUAUGGUCGUCGAAUUCGAGCGUGUUUCCCGUCUUUGCUUGAGGUUCAUGAUCCGAGCGCAGCAUCCACUACGAGGUCUACGUGACCCCAGAAGAUUACGUCCGUUCCUUCACACCGGGCGUGAUGCAACCACCGAUUAUGGCAUCGAUCGAUUCAAGGUCUACAGGCCUGAGGUGGUGUCCCUGUUCGCGUUGUUGUACCACAUCGAAGAGGUGGACAUGGCCCUCCAUUUCCAUCGAAUGGCCGGCGUCCCCAUUGAUGCAAACAUGUUGCAGCACGUCGCCAGGAAGGCGACUAACGUGGAAUUGACUGAGCAUGUCGCCGACGUCGUCAUCACGCUUUUCGACGAGAAUAUGGACGGCAAGCUGUCGAAUCGUGAAUUCGUGGCCGUGAUGCGGAGGCGGAUGCGCAGAGGGCUCGAGCAUCCCAGGGACACUGGCGUGUUCCGCCUAGCUGAAGCUGUGUUGGAAUGUAGUCGUCGUGCCUGGAGUAAUUGCGACACUCCAACUAGUCUCGACUUUGACUUGACUACAUCAGCAAUUCUAAUGGCGUUC